AUAAGAGCGAUAUCGAAGACAAGACACGAACGAUUUCGAACCUUAAUGAAAGAAUACGUCAAAUGGAAGAAGCCGCUCGAGUGAGUGAUAGGAAGAAGAAAUCUCUGACCGAAAGCAUAAACAAGUUGAAAGAAGAGGUAAGAGAGCGAGACCAGACGAUUGGAAAGGAAAAAGAAAGCACAAAAAAACUAAAGAAAACCCUGAAUGAAACAAAAUCAAGAGAAAAAGAUCUCCAGCAGAAAGAAAAACAGUUAAAUGAAAAACUAGCUUCCUUUCAAACGUCAUACAAUGAAUUGGUUCAGUCCAAACACAUUCUUGUUGAAAAUCUAAAAGAAAUGGAGGCAUCGAAGUCAAAACUUGAAAAAGACCUUUCCAGAAAGAUUGCUGAUUACCAUGUUCAACAAAAAUAUCUCAAUGAAUCGAAGGAACAAAUACGUAGCUUGACUCUUAGGUUAAGCAAAAUAGCCGGAGCAAACAUUGCUUAUCAAAACCCGAACAUAGCAAAUUUAGGUGACCCAAAUCGGCAAACCAGGCUUGCAGAGAAGUUCAGCGAGCUUUAUGACAACCAGUGGACGGAUGCAUUUGAACAAAUAGAUUUACAGGAUGAUGAGGAAAAAAUUAAACGAUUGUAUGAUAUUUUAAAGAAACUCGACGGGCAUUGCCUUGAUGUUUGUUGGAAUUAUGACGCUGCUGUGAAAGAAAGCCUUACAAAUCUGAUUGUUACCAGUGAAAUCAAAGUACUUACACCCGAACGAACAAAACAAGCUGAACACGAUGCAUGUUCAUUAUCGGAAAAGGAUACCACUUUACCUUUGAAAGAAGAAUCAAAAGAAGAGAUGACUUGGAAUAUUGGUAUACGCUACACAUAUCUGUGGCACAAUAAAGAAACUGAGGAUAUAGGAGGCGGAUGGACAAUGAUAAAAUUUAACAACGAUAUUGAUGUGAAAUGUAUAAGCCCUGAAUCAAUGACGGGAUCUGAGUGUACAAGACUUUUAACUGGAGAGCGGAAAAGGGAAGAAAAUGGAGAGGAAGGAGCAGAAGAAGAAGAUGGAAAAGGGGGCAAAACAGAAGAAAACAUGGACCCAGGUUCCUUUAAACAGACUGGAAAAAUCGAAGCUGAGAAGGAAAUAGAAGGUGAACUUUCAGAUGAAAAUAAUGAGUAUAAUCCAGAUGUCAAAACAGACAAUGAACCAAGUGAGUUAAAAUCAGACUUCAAUGUCAAGACGGAAGGAAAUGAAUGCAAUGGCGAUAUAUCUCAACAUGAUGUAGAGCCCAAAGAAGAAAAACAGACAAAACAGGAUGAACAUAAAGAAAACGUAAUACACCUGAAGUUUGAUUUCGAUACACUGACCAACAGCCAUAAACAGACCAUAUCUGAAAUCCGAAGAAUCGUGCACGCACAACUGGAAGAUCAAGUUGUCAAGGCUAUUUCUCAGGCUGUGUUUGAAGAAAUGGAGCUCCCAAGAGAGACAGGGAUCGUCUCCUACGUAGAGGAAUGUGCAAAAAUAUGUUGGCUAGCGCGUUUACAUGAUCCGCCGAUUUAUAUUGAGUUUGAAGAGAUCGAAGAUGACUCACCGUUUAAGGCCGAAAUGUAUAAGGCAUAUACUAAGACAGGCAAACGGCUGGAUUACGUUGUUUGGCCUCCUGUUUUCCUAUAUAAAAAUGGACCAAUCUUAAGCAAAGGUGUGGCACAAGGAAAGUAGUGCUAAAGUCGCUAUUAUUCUGUAUAUGUUUACUUAAGGUUCAAACAGGAUAAUGUUUAUAAUGCUGGUCACUGGCCAGUUCUGUUAUUGUUAUUAACACAUUGUAUAUGUGUACUACUUAGUGCAUGUGCAUUUUUCUCAUCGGAUUACCACUGUGUUUGAUUUGUUUUAUUUAUUGGUUGAAAUAAAUGUUAAUCAUGUUUA